AUGGUACUACUAUCGAGAAAAGAGAUAGAUACCAUCAUCCCCCUCGAUAUACAAGAAGGAGAAGUAAUGACAAAGAAUUUUGUAAAAUACAUAGGGGUAACGCUGGACAGAAAGCUCACGUUUUGGAGCCAACUAAGGCAAGCAGAAGAUGAAGCGGCAGCAAGAGUAGCAGCAUUAAAUCAAAUCAUGCCGAACGUUAGAGGUCCAAAGCCUGCAAAACACAGGCUCCUUAUGUAUAUGGCCCAGUCUAUUAUUUUGUACGAGGCUGAGAUAUGGGAAGAUGAGAUGAACGUUGUAAAUAAAAGGGUGAAAAUCGGCCAAGUUUAA